AUGUCAAGGGAAUUCCUUAAGGGGAACAGCCUUGAGACUCCUGGUCAGGAAAACAGUCUGGUUAAAAAGACUCAGCUGUUGGAUCGUGGCCAGUGGGCAAACAAGUUGGAGUUCUUGCUUGCUGUGGCAGGAACCCUGGUCGGGCUAGGAAAUCUCUGGAGGUUCCCCUAUUUGUGCUACAAAAAUGGGGGAGGUGCAUUUCUGGUUCCAUACGUCUUGUUUCUGCUAUCUUGCGGUAUCCCAAUGUUCCUCCUGGAGACGGCCAUGGGACAAUUCACAUCUCAGGGAUGCAUCACCUGCUGGAGGCAUUUCUGCCCCUUGUUUGAAGGUCAGAAUUACGCUACACAGAUUGUGAUUGCAUAUGCCGCCGUGUCAUACAUCGUCAUCCAGGCAUGGGCUUUCUUCUACCUCUUCUCGUCCUUCAGGGCUGAGGUUCCAUGGGCCAGCUGCAGGAACUCCUGGAACACAGAGUCCUGUGUUGAAUUUGAUAGAAGAAAUGUGUCAUCCAACUGGACAGCAGGCAACGCAACAACGCCUGCAACAGAAUUCUGGGGACGGCGAGUCUUGGCCAUAUCUGGAGGGAUCGAUGAGGUCGGUAGUCUGAGAUGGGAGUUGGCCUUGUGUCUUUUACUGGCCUGGGUCCUGUGUUACUUCUGUGUUUGGAAAGGAGUGAGAUCCACUGGGAAGGUGGUUUAUUUUACGGCCACUUUCCCCUACGUGAUGCUCAUUGUUUUAUUGGCCCGUGGACUCACUUUACCAGGAGCUAUGGAUGGCCUAGCUUUCUACCUGUACCCUGACCCGACAAGGUUGGUGGACCCUCAAGUUUGGAUGGAUGCAGGUGCACAAGCUUUCUCUUUUGGGAUUUGUCAGGGGAGUUUGACAGCUCUGGGCAGUUACAAUCAGUAUAACAAUGAUUGUUACAAGGACACAUUUGUUCUGUGUUUGGUGAAUGGUGGGUCCAGCUUUGUAGCCGGGUUUGCUAUCUUCUCAGUCUUGGGCUUUAUGUCCUAUGAACAAGGACUUCCAAUAUCUGAAGUGGCUGCUUCUGGGCCUGGCUUGGCUUUUAUCGCCUAUCCACGUGCAGUAGCCAUGAUGCCAUUUCCCCAGUUAUGGUCCAUAUGUUUCUUCGUGAUGGUCAUCUUGUUGGGUGCAGAUACACAGUUUGUAAGUUUGGAGUGCCUCAUGACAUCAGUGACAGACAUGUUCCCCACUGUGUUUCGAAGAGCCUAUCGUCGAGAACUGCUGCUACUCUGUCUUUGUGCUGUUUGUUUCUUUCUCGGCCUGCUUCUCGUCACAGAGGGAGGCUUGUAUUUCCUUCAACUUUUUGAUCACUAUGUUUGCAGUGGAAACAAUCUUCUACUCCUUUCUGUGUGUCAGUCGAUAGCAAUCGGAUGGAUUUAUGGAGCGGAUCGUCUCUAUGACAACAUUGAAGACAUGAUAGGUUAUCGUCCGUGGCCACUGAUGAAGUAUUGCUGGCUUUAUAUCACCCCCAGUAUUUGUUUGGGUACCUUCAUCUUUUCAAUAGUGAGAUACAAGCCUCUCAAGUUCAACAAAACCUAUGUCUACCCGACCUGGGCUUAUGCUUUGGGCUGGUCCCUUGGACUGUUCUGUGUUCUCCUGGUUCCCCUUUGGAUGAUCUUUAAAGUUACUCAGAUGAAAGGGACGGCAGGGCAGAACUUCAGGCAACUUUGUCGCCCUGAAAACAAGACACACAGCUCAGCAAAGCAACCUGAGCAGUGUCCUUUGAACCCAGACAACACACUCACGCCUGCUGCCAAUGAGUACAAGGCAAGCGGGGGAGCUGAGAUGGAGAUGCAAAUGUGAGAUCCUUUUGAUAGCAUUACUGAAUAUGUUUUUAUCUUAAAUUUAACAGGUUUUACAAGCUAAUUGUUUUUAGGGACAUACUGUGUGAUGAGCAAUAAAUUCAGAAGACAUCCAGAUCCAAUAGGUUACCAUAUCAGGUAUCCAGUACAAUAUGCAGUGAGUCUUGUGUUACUGUUAAAUGUCUCAGCUCUACAGCCACAUAGUAAACAUACAGUAUUGAAUCUUAUGAAGUUUUAAAAAAUAUUUUUUCUGUCGAAGAAAACCUUUCAUGUGUGUGAUUAAGAUGGUGUCUUUUUGAAAUAGAGGAUCAUUGGUGGCCUGACAUCCUCAGAUCUCGACCCUCUCAGGUCAUUGUUGGGCGUUGUCAUGGUGUGUUAUCAGUAGGGGCAAAACAAAAAUCUUUACAUUGGAUCCAUAAACAAUGGAAGCUGUAAUUGUGUGGCAUUGAUAUGUAUGUGACGGAAUAUUGCAGUUUUGGAAAUCCAAAUUUUAAAACCAGUUGUGAUAUACUGUGGCUGACAAGGGCAAACCCGCUGCAACAGCUUUAAUGGUUUUUGUUUGGACAAACAGGCUUAAGAUUCAUACUAAAAUUCAAUACGACAGAAACAUGCUGAAAAUGACUUAACUUUACAUGGUUCAUGUAUUAGCUGUUAAUGCAUUUUGUUUCUGCUUGUAGCUUCAAAUAUGUUUUUUCCAAAUACAGCACAUUUCAGUUAUUGUAUUAGUGUUGUGAAGUAAUAUAAAUGUUUUGGGUUUUUCAUUGGUUCUGAGUUUGCACCACAUUUCCAUCGAACAAAAUCUUAAGGUUCAUUGCAGUGAGUUUGCCCUCGUCUGUAAACGUAGCUAUUCGUUACUCUCAUUUAGAAAAGAUUUAAAUGCAGUUUUUUUCUCUAUAUAAAAUGUGAUUGUCUUUAACUCUGACACAGUACUAAAUUCAAAAUAGUAAUCCACACCAGCAGCUUCCAAAAUGGUUGUGAGCAAUAUUGCAACAUAGCCUUCCUCUGGUUACACAUUAUAUGAGAUCCUGCCCAAAUUACCCAAUUGGUUGAAUUUGGUUUGAUCACUGUCUGGUUGGCUGGGUAUCUGGAAUGUGGGCAAGGCACAUCUGCCAGAACAAGUAAAAAUUAGUUUGCAGAUGGUCUAGUUCCCAGGAUAAAUAUCAAGAGGUGCCAGUCUUGAUUUUCACUUUUGCACUGACUUUUAAGAACUCCCAUCCUUUGAAAAUGACAUGAUACAACUAACAAAUAAAGCUUUUUAAACAUAUCUGCAUAUAACCAAUUUAGGUAGUAACUUACUCUUUACAGAUGUAUCUCUAUAUCCUGGUUCUAUUAGCUAUCUGUGUUGUUUAUUAUAUGUUGUAAUAUUAAUACACUCGGUUUGUUUUAUACAAAUUAACAAAAAUCUUACCAAACAGAGGGGACCACAAGCCAGAGUCUGCUAUGAUGUGCUAACUACUUGUGAUUUGUUAGUCUAUGUUUUGCUUUGCUGUGUUAAGUUGAAUAUUGCUGGACAUUGGAACAAUGCAGGAUUUGAUUCUAUCACCUGGGUUGCUAAUGGAAAACCUGAAACUACAGAUCACGCCUUUUAGUUGACUGGAAAAACAUACAGCAGCUGACUCUGUCUCCUUCAUUUUUUAAAAAUAUAUCUGUUAUAUUAAUGUUUCUCUUUUUUCAGUGUUAGCUACUAUACUUAUAAUAAAAAAGACAGUUAAAUUCAGACAUCUGAUUUACUUUUCACCUGCAUUUGCUUUUGCCCAAAAGGAAAAAAAAUCUAAAUUUUGUUACAUUUUUAAAGAUUUAAGUGACCCUCAACCCUGACUUAAUCUUGGGGGGCUCUUUUUAAUGGCCUACCAUUUACUCAUUGGUAGGAUUCAAUGGGUUUACCCUGUAAUUUUUUCAGUUUAAAGUAUUUUCCUCUGAUAUGACUGAGAUUAAACGUCUGUUUCUGUUUUACAGUUUCAAGAAUAGCUUAUCUAAAGUGACACCCUGUUAAAACAGAUUUUGAUGCUAAGCUUCCAGUUUUGUUCUCAUGACUCGUUAUUUGUUGAUUCUCAUAAUUAAGCCAGUCUGCUGCUCAGACAUAUCUUUGUUUCUCUUUAACUUUUCAUUGUUGACAUGGUUAAAUCAUUGCACAGCCCUGUGUUCAAUACACAAACAAGCUUUUCAGUUUUUUUCUCCUUUCAUUGAGUACAUUUUUUAAAUCAUGACUGCAGUGUUUGAUCUGAUUGUUAUCGCUAAGCAAUCUGAACUUGUUGACUUGUGAUUCAAGUCUUUUUUGUCUUCUUCUACAUGGUGAAGGCUGCUGAGGGACAUGGGUACUGUAGAACUUACAGGACUAACAUGAUAUUAAACAGUCUUAUGACUAGUUUGAAACAAUCUUGUUGAUAAUUUGAAUUAUUUAUAACCAAACAAUAAACCCUUUCAUUUGACACAUUUUGGAAGAUUUAAUAUAAAAAUAUGAUAUGAAUAAUAAAACUGGAAAAGUUUUGUCCCUGUAUAUUAACUUACAUGUUUGGUAACUCUACUUUACUCUGUGCAAACAAGAACUCCCAACAUGUUUCAACAUAUUACAUGCACCUUUAUUCGUGGUGGAUUCUGAUUUAUGGCACAGCUGAUAUUUGCUUAUUUGAAGGUGUGAUAAUGUAUGAAGACUGAUGGGAUGGAUUUAUCUAGUAGUCAAAGCUAUGAUGUAAUGAAAAUGGAAGCUGAUUCACUGAUACUGCUGAAGGAAGAAUUUUUCUAUCUGACAACAUAUGUAUUAAAUACGUUUGAGCCUGAUACACAAAUCAUGUAGUGUAAGAUCUGCCUCAGAUAAUGUUUUAGUGCACUUUGUCAGGUUACUUAAUGUUGACUUUAUGUAAGCUUUGUGAAACAAUAUUUUUAUUCUGAAAUUGCAACCAUACCACAAGAAAUCAAUAAACUUUGUUUCAUAGUUA